AUAUUUCGAAUUGCUAUAAGACUAAUUCAUAUGUUAAGAAAAAAUAAUUUAUUUUAAAAGAGGUGUUAGAAUUCAUAUACAGACAUAUUUUUAAAUGCUAAAUACUAUACAAUAUAUUUUUCGUUCUGUUUAAAGAUAUUGAUAUCUUCUUAAAAGAAAUUCCUGGAAACUGAAGAUGUCUAGUGAUGAAUAUCAUGUCACAUCUGAGAUACACCAAGCAAUAAACAAAGACAGUGCAGCAAAACCUAGUUUAUCAGCAGAAAAUGUGGUUUCAAGAUUUUCAUUCAAAUACCCGCUCAACAUUGAGUAUUCACAUUCAGAUAAAAACUGUGGAGUGAGGAUAGAUGAAGAUGGUGAUCUUAUUGUAUGCAGGAAAGCUGAUAAGAUCCAAGAAGAAGGCAUUAUUGAAAUUGAACAUAGUUAUUCAACAACACUGGCGCUUGUGGGUCGUCAGAUUUGGCGUGGUGCAUUGCUUUUGGGAGACUUUCUACUUCAUCAUGGGCCUUCAUUUCUGCAGGAUCAUAUAGUCCUAGAACUGGGUUCUGGUGUUGGUCUUACUAGCAUUGUGGCAGCCAUGUUUGCAACAGAAGUAAUAUGCACAGACAUUGAAGUGGGAGGCAUCCUGGAACUCAUCAGAGCAAAUGCAGCUAGAAAUUGCAAGCUUCUGAAGGCUAAUUUCAUUGUUCUUGGCCUUGAUUUCUUUGCAAAUGACUGGUGCCCUAAUGUUGAAGCAAAACUAACAAAUGUUACAGUGAUACUUGUUGCUGAUGUGAUUUAUGACAAUGAUGUGACAGAAGCAUUUGUAAACACCUUGCAGAGACUUUUGAGCACUCCCCCAGGCAAGACAGUAUAUGUUGCGUUGGAGAAAAGGUAUGUGUUCACAGUUGCUGACCUAGAUUCAGUUGCACCAUGCUAUGAGUAUUUCCUACAAUGUCUGCAGAAAGCUCAGGAAAGACCUGCAGGUUCUCAGUGGCAGGUGGAGCAACUACCAAUUAAUUUUCCACAGUAUUUCAACUAUGAACGAGUUAAAGAGCUGGUCCUUUGGCGCAUAAUGUCAAAAUGUGAGGUCCUUAAUUUGUCCUAAUCUACCUCAUUACAAGGCAUAGUAUAAUAGUCUUUUUGCCUUUUUCUGUUAUGGGCAUAGAAUUUCCAUUGUGCAUGAUUUGUAGAGUUUAACCAUGACAGUAAAGCUUUAAAUACAAUAAAUUGCUCAUGCAGCAUACCUGAAUUUGAAUUAUUUACAGUGAAAGGGUUACUGACUACUAGUAUUGGAUAAUGUUUUGUAGUACAAUAACAGAUUAUUCUUGGACAUAUUUAUAAUAAAUUUGAUGAAAAGUGAAUUGUAUGGGCAUCUGACCUUGGCGUAAUCAAAGAAAUGUGUGGUAAAAUUAGAAAGUUCAUAAAUCAUUGCACUUGUGAGUUUGUCCUUUAAGUAGUAAGGGUCCCUGGUAAAGCAAGUCUUAAUAGAUAUAACACCAAGUCUCCUCAAGCUUGCAGAAUAAUGUAAUUAUUGUUCUAUGAAAAUCAUUAACAAAUUAAUUUAUUCUGAAUUUGUGCCUCCAAUUUCAAUAUUCCAUUUAGAAUUAUUCCAAAGUAACUUAAGAAGAAAAGCUGUCAGCCCUCAGACAUACUUAAUAUUAUAGUUCAAUGAUCUUAUAAUAUAAUGUAUUAUUAACACCUGGUAUAAUUUGAAGUGGCGAACAUUUUAUGACAUGGGAUAAGAAUUUUGUUUCAUCAUCCUGUUGUGCAGAUUACAACCAUUCUUACAUACAGCAACAAGCUUUGACCUGCAAAUGGGGGUAAUCUUCAGUCUCUUACUGUUCAUAUAAACUUGAAUUUUAACACCCUUUUUGUCAACCACUCAUGAGAUGUUCAGACUGGUGUUACAGUAUAUAAUACAUUAAAAGUUACAGCCAAAGAAUAUUAAAGACUAAAAUUAAGAAUAUAAAGUAGAUGUAUCAUGCUAUACACAUUUUUGUGACUUGCGACAAUCACAAGAAACUGAAAUCUGUGGUACUUUAACCAGAUAUGCUCACACCACUAGACUACGGCCUGAAAAAGAUUAAAUAUAUUUCACACAUCAGAAUAGAGAAAGUCUUACGUGAAUGUAUCUAUUCAGCAAAUAAUUAAAAAAAUAUUUUUUAUUACAA